UUGACUAAAUCUUUUAUUAUAUUUUUCUUUUACAUCAAUACAAAAGUCAAAACUCUUACAAAAAGAUAAAAAAAAAAAAUAGACCAAAUAAGAGCGAGUCAAAGAAAUAACGUCUGUCACCUUUUAAAGUCUCCAACAUUUAUAACCAAUGUUGAAGAAAAAGACAGUGAAUAAAACCAACGGUCCAGUUCUUAUCAAUGUCUAAAAACCACAAGCUUCUUCCUCAUCUUACGCUCCCCUCUUAACCUCUCCUUUUAUUCUCCUUCUCAUCUUCAUUCUCAACUGAUCGUAUAAUCAUUCUCACGGAGACGAGUGAAACAAAGAAGGUUUUCACUUUCUUUAAUCUCCCGCCACUUGCGAAGAUUAAACGAAUCCACGAUAGUUUAUACAAAAGAACACAAAAUUAGACAUGGCUCGGCUCAAGUUCGCAUGUCCCGUUCUUGAAAUCAAUCUAAUCUCAGCUCAAGAUCUUGCCCCUGUUUCAAGAAACAUGAAAACGUAUUCCGUAGCUUGGAUCAACACCGAUCCUAUGAGGAAACUCACGACGCGUGUUGAUCAAUCCAAUAGAGCCAACCCUAUAUGGAACGAGAAGUUUGUCUUCCGGGUUAACGACAAGAUCCUUGACUUUGACGCAUCAGCUAUUGUCAUCGAGAUAUACGCAGCGGCUUGGGCUAAAGAUGCGCUUGUUGGUACCGUCAAUGUUCUUCUUAGCGAUCUUUUUGCUCCUUGGUCUGGUUUUGGUGACGGUGACGACUGUGGUGGUCGGAAUAACAAUAUGAGGCUUGUGACGCUUCAGAUUCGUCGUCCUUCAGGUAGGCUUCAAGGGUUCUUACGGCUCGGCGUUGCGCUUCUUGACGGUGGUCAACGGAGUAUGCCGUUAUCUAUUGAGGUUUUUGACGGAAGUCGAAGAGGAGAGAGGUAUAAAGAAGCUUCAAAGAUAAUGCACCGCCGUACGAAUAGCGAUCUAACGGAUUUAACGACAUCAACGAAUGAUUACGGAGUUAAAACAGGGGUUGUUACCGGCGGUGGAGGAGGUGGUAAUGCUAUUGUUGUUGGCGCGGACAGUAUGGUGAAUGGUUCGCUUUGUAACUCUGAUAUUGGACCGUCAGCGUCUGUGGUUGCGGCUGCGAUUGCGCAAGGGCUUUACAACAGACAGAAAACAGCGGUUGCGACGAAUAGUAAUAAUAAAGAGGACGCAAGUUCGAUUCUUGAAGGGAAAACAGAGGGAGUUGAGCACAGAGUUGAGCGGUGGAGAGCGGAGAAAAAAGGUGCGGUUGAAACGGCUGGAUCCAGCGAUGAGUCUAGUGGAAAAGGAGGAGCGGGAAGGAGACGGAGGAGGAGGAGACGAAAGGAGAAAGAACAAGGGCGGAGGAACGGUGGAGGAGAGGGUAAGAAAGGGUUGUUUUCAUGCUUCGGGAACGUGUUUGGAUGUGAGAUCUCGAUAACUUGUGGCGGUGGAAGCGGCGGAGAAGGAGACAGCACGAAGAAGAGAUAUAACAAGAAUAAAGUAGUCAAUCUUAGUGCUGUAGACGAAACGUUUAGUAGUUCUGCGGCUUAAAGAGGAAAAGUGUUUAUUUUUUUUGUUCUUUUUUGAAAGUAUAACCGUAUGAUGGGUUAAACUAUGAAAUUUGAAAGUAUCGAGGUCAAACGUAUCAAUAAAAAACUUUCAGUUACGUAAA